UUUUAUUUGCUCUUGUUUCUCCGUUGCUUAUUCUAUCAGUCAGCAUUAUCUUCUAGUUUCCAUUGUCAUUCUUUAAAUCCUGGUUUCUCUUCUCUUAUUUUAUCUCCUGGUGGUUAAUCUUCUCUGCGCUGCGAACAACUCAAUAAUAGCCAGGGCCGUGAACUGUUGAUUUGCGUUGCUUGUGCAUCGGCCCUUGUCAUCUUAUGUAACAAUGUGUUCACGAGACGGGCUUGUUUUCGGACUCGUGGAGACAGGACCCCCUUAUUGCCGCACAGAAGGGUGGGGGGGGGGAGUAGACUUUUUGUGACCUCAUCAAAAGAGAACUCUCAGAACUCACUCCCAACUUCCCCGCAUCCUAAACCGGCUCUCAAACUUGAGCAUGUAUAACUCUGCUGUAAUCAUAGACAACGGUUCGGGUAUCUGUAAAGCGGGAUUAGCCGGGGACAAUGCUCCGAGAUCGGUCAUUACAUCAAUUGUAGGACGACCCAAAGCCAAGGCGACCAUGCUUGGGGCUGGACACAAGGCAUACUAUGUAGGAGAAGAAGCUCAGGCCAGGAGAGGCGUCCUGAAUUUGAAAUACCCAAUAAAACAUGGCAUAGUGACUUGCUGGGAUGAUAUGGAGAAGGUUUGGCGACAUGUUUACGAUUGCGAGCUCCGUUUAAAGUCACACGAGAGACCAGCCUUAUUAACCGAAGCCCCUCUGAAUCCUUUACACAACCGAGAAACCAUGACCGAGAUUAUGUUUGAAAGUUUUAAGGUGCCCGCCAUGUACGUAGCUAUCCAGGCAGUUCUAGCUCUCUACGCUUCCGGGCGGACAACUGGCCUGGUUGUGGACAGUGGAGAUGGCGUGACUCACACGGUGCCCAUUUACGAAGGUUACUGUCUCCCCCACGCUGUCUACAGGUUCGACUUAGCUGGCAGAGAUAUCACCCAGUAUUUCGUCAGGAUCUUGAUGGAAGUUGGCCAUUCCUUCGUCUCCUCUGCGGAGAGGGAGAUCGUGAAGGACAUCAAGGAGAAGCUCUGCUACGUGGCUCUCGACCCACAGCUGGAAAUGAGGAAGAGGCGUGAAGAUAUCCAGAAGGAAUACAAAUUGCCCGAUGGCAACGUGAUACAGAUCCAAAGCCAGCUUUUCAGAGCACCCGAGAUCCUGUUUUCUCCUGCCUGCGUGGGUUUCGAGUGUCCGGGAGUGCACAGGCUGGUGUUCAAGAGCAUCUCAAAAUGUGACAUCGACCUGCGGAAGUAUCUGCAUUCAAACGUGCUGCUGUCGGGAGGAUCCACGCUCUUCCCGGGCCUGGAUGAAAGGAUGCUGAAGGAGCUGCAGUUCCUCGCUCCUGUGGGAAUACCGGUGAAAGUCAUCGCCCCUCCAGAGAGGAAAUAUUCCGUCUGGAUUGGGGCUUCUAUACUAACAUGCUUGACUUCAUUUCAGGAAAUGUGGAUUACUGCUACCGAGUACCUGGAGAUGGGACCGUGGGUUGUUCACAGAAAAUGCUUCUAGGAACUCUUGUCGCUAAAAAUAGCAGCUACUUUAAUCGGUCCUAUUAUUGUAUGAAUAAUAAACAGCUGAAAUUACUAUAUCUGUGUGCAGCUUUGUAGUAUUUUAUAUUCUAAAGUAUAUAAAAAGACAAAUAGAUUACUUUAAAAUAGAGCCUUAGUAGAGCCUUGGAGAGGUACAGCGUAGAGACAGGCCCUUCGGUCCAUCUAAUCUGUGCCAAAACCAUUUAAGCUGCCUCCUCCCAUCGAUCUGCCUCAUGUUCCCCUUAAACUUUUCACAUUUCACCCCUAACCCGUGACCUCUGGCUCUAGUCCCACCCAACUUCAGUGGCUAAACCUGCUUAUAUUUACCCUAUCUAUACCCCUCAUAAUUUUGUAUAUCUUCAUCAAGUACUUUGAUAUCUUAUGUUCAUUAUUGGAUCAGGCCCGCUUUCUAAUAGGUGCAUCAUCUGAAAACUAUGCUUAAAUUUGACAAGUGUGCAACUUGAUAGUUCAAUUGGUAAUGUGAUUAAUAUAGAAAUAUGAACUCUGUUCCCAUGGAGGUCAUAGCAAAGUGGCUAAGGAGCACAAAUUCAAUUAUCAGGGACCAAAUUUUGGACUGUUGGCUUUACACAAGUGGCUAACAUCUAACUGAUUGUGGAGUCAAGUACCUUGGGUCAGAAAGCAGGAUCAGAAGUCAUAAUCGGCCAGACAAUCACUUUUAUAUAAUGUCUUUCCACAUCUUCAGUGUUUGAAUUUUAAAGAACAGAUUUACAUGGCCCCAAUGUUAAACCAAUUUGGAAAACAUGGAUCAUGUCUAGUGCAGAUGCUAACCUUGCCUGAUGUAGACUGGAAAGAUGUCAGUUGGCAAAUAUUACUUAAAUACAAGAUCCAAUUCCCACCAGAAACCAGGUAAUGCUACUUUGUAGUUGGGCAAAAAUAGGAACAGCAGGAACUAUCCUGUUUAAAGGGCCAUGAGAUAUUUGAAUUGGGGAUGGAUCAUGUAAGAAACAACAAAAUAACA